CAGAGGUGGAGGGAGAGGCUGUGGGCCUGAACCAAGCCCUUUGAGCCCAAGCUCAGGAUCUUUUAAGUACUUAUGUCCCUCUGCCUGGAGAGGGAAGCCAGGGGGCCAUCUUUACUUCCAGGGCCCAAGCCAACCUUGCUACAGCCCUACUCAGGUUUGGGCUUUAGAGAGACUCAAAUAGAGGCUACUGCUGCCUAAACUUCUAAGAGUUACAUGAAGGAAGCUAUGAUUCCUAGAGAGGAAGGGAAUUUGGGGAUAUGGCUGGUCGCCUUGCAGAGCAAAUGCACCUCCCUGGCCUGCCUGGUGAAUUUCGUUGUGGAGGAGGAGCUGAAAGUUAAUGUUUAGAGAGCCAUCGCUUAAGUUGCCACUUUAACACAGCGCUGCCUAGAGCAGCCAGAAUUAAUUAUCUGAGCUCUUCUGGGCGGCUGUCUCUUCCCGGGACCAUAUUUAUGUAUUUUAAAAAACUUAAUAUACUGCCCAAUCCACAGACUCAGGGAUUGAGUCUGUACAAGGCAAGAAGAGCAUCUGAGAUUUUUUUUAAAAAAAUUAAAGCGCAAACACCAGGUGGAAAAGAAAUGUCUUCAGUAAGGAUUUAAAGGCUGAAAGGGAGGAGGCAGACCGAAUCUGGUGGGGCAAGAGAGUUCCAGAGUUCCAUAUCUGGUGAAUUGCAGCAGAUUUCCAUAUCCAGAGUUCCAUAUCUGGCUGCCUCUGAUGUCACAUGUCACAGUGAGGACAGAAGAUGCCCAUUCUCUUCCAAGUUCCAUGACAUGCUGAAGGCAGAGGGAGAGAAGAAUUCCUGGAGCAGGAAUCCAUUCAUUCAUUCAUUCAUCCAUCCAUCCAUCCACAGUUGUUAUUAUUAUUAUUAUAUUUAUUUACACAGUCAGUCAGGUGUUAUUGACUGGUUUGUUUUAUCUAGACAUCGAGUCCUUCCCAAGGACCUGGGAUGGCUGAAUUUUAUUGUUAAUGUUGUUGCUGUUGUUAUAGAUAUCGUCGUAGAAUAUUAUUAUUAUUAUUUUUACAUUUAUAUCCCGCUCUUCCUCCAAGGAGCCCAGAGUGGUGUACUACAUCCUUGAGUUUCUCUUUCACAACAACCCUGUGAAGUUAUCUUGCUCUUCCUCCAAGGAGCCCAGGGUGGUGUACAUGGUUACGUUUAUCCUCACAACAGGCUUCUGAAGGAUGUUAUGCUGAGAGAGAAAUGACUCUUAGUGUCACCCAGUGAGUUUUGUGGCUUAAUGGGGAUUUGUGUCUGGGGCUCCUUGGGCUCAGCCCAAUGCUCUAAUUACUACACUGUGUUGGCCUGUGAGAGAUCCUUGCAGUUCUUAGGAAGAUGAUGAUUAAUCAUUGACGCUUAUUGUGCAUCCUCCUCCAAGGAGCUCUGCAUGCAAUGGAGUACUCUCUUUUACCUGUUCUGAAUCUACCACCAAUAAGUGUAACUGACUAGCCGAGAGUUUGAGUGUAAUGAGAGACCAAGAGAGAAACUUCUAUCUGGUUUUCUACACUAGGGCCUAUACUAGGGCCCAAACCAAAAACAGGGGGAAGAGUGGUCAACAAGCCCACAGUUGUGUAAUGUAGACAGCAGAAAGAUGCUCUCUUGUUGUAUCAUGGUCUGCUACAGAGAGGAAAGAUAUUGAGGGGGAAAGAGGAGGGGACCGGUCAGGGUGCCUGUCAAAACAAAGGGACCACUAUUCCCGCCUUGGGCUUUUGCUUAGAUCAGAGCUGGAGGUUGAUGGAGCAAAGAUUUCCCAUUUGCUCUUCCACAUAAAACUGCAUGCAGUCCUUGAAUAAGGAGCUAAAGUUUCCAGCCUCAUUUGUGCUAUUGACUCUUCACCAGUCCAGGGGAAUGAGUCCCCCUUGUGGGGAGGGGACCAGAGGGGGCUGCAACAAAGGAUUGAUAGGAAAUGUCAGGUGGGUAUGGGGGAGUAUGGGAGAGAUCCAGGCCAAGAAUAACAAGAACUAAGUAAGGCACCGGAACAGAGGAAGCUGCCUUAUACCGAGUCAGACCAUUUGUCCAUCCAGCUUAGCAUUGUCUAUGCAGCGCUCGGCAAGGUCUUAGGCAAGGGAUUUUCUCAGUCUACUCUGAAGACAGCAGAGAUUGAAUCUGGGACCUUGUGCAUGCCAAGCAGAUGCUUUGCCACAAAGCUGUGGCCCCCUCAGUAAGCAGCUGUUGAUAGGGAAGGCUAGAAGCUUAGAAGAGCAAAUGAGAUUUCUUCCCCACCCCUCCAGCAGCUGCUUUCGCCCUUUAGUUUCUUUCCUCCCCUCCACAAAGCCAAGAGCUCAGUUCCAUUUUGGUUGAUUCUAGCUAUUGAUUCCAAGCUGUUUCUGUUUGCUCUAAGGAGAAAGGGGCAACUAAAGAACAUCCACAAAUCUGCCAACAGAGUCAGACUAGCUCAGUAUUGUAUAUACUGGCCGGCAGUGGCUCUCCAGGUUUCCAGGCAGGGGCCACCCUGCAGAUGCCAGGGACUUAACUUCUGACUUCUUGCAUGCAAAUCAGAUCCAUUGCCACUGCACUGAGCUACCAUUGUGUUGAUCCCCAAAUGAAGGGAUAGAGGAGGAGGAGUUAUGGAUGGGGACUGCUGUAGAGGAAAGAAGAUGAAGCAGGUGUAGAUGUGGUGGGAGGGGGCUCAAGGGAAGGCAGAGCAAGGGGCUGAGCUGUUGGGAACAGACGUGAUGGGUAGGAUGCUGGACUGCAUUUAAGGCUUUGUUCUGUGGCCUCAAGGGAACGCCUUCCCCCACACUGCCUUUCUAGUUUUUUGACUCCUGCAUUUGUCUACUUUUCUUACAGGGCAAAGAUUCAGGAGGUGGAAUUGGGUUGUUAAAAAGCCUAAUCCCUCAGGAGAGGAGAUCUUUAGACCUUGUUGGAGUCAAAGCACAGAUCAGGGAUGGAAGACGGUGAACUGGAGAGCAGUUCCCAGGCGGUGGCCCGGACAGAAGGCUUCCUUCUGAGCCAGGCAGAGGAGAAGAAGCUGGGAGAGCAGCAGAUAAAAGGAUUGUUGUCAGAAGCGGCCCCUGGUUUCCCAGAGGCAGAGAAGGCUCCAGGUACCAGGCAGAGGUUGCUGUUCAGGGGAAUCCUGCAGGAGAGUGAUGGAGCUGCCACCUUGCUGGGUUCUGGAAUUGUGUUGGCAAUACAUUCUCAGCCAUCUUUUCUUUGUGGUGCAGUGGAAGAAGCUUCAACACCACCAAAUCAGAGUCUGGUGACUUUUGAGGAUGUGGCUGUGCACUUCACGGAGGAGGAGUGGGUUUUGUUGAAUCUGGACCAAAGAGCCUUGCACAGGGAAGUCAUGGAGGAGAAUUAUGAGACUGUGGCCUCUCUGGCAGGUGACAGGUGGGAGAGUGAGAAUGAGGGAAAACUCCGUGAAAGAUUGUUCAGAGAUGCCAGACGGAAAAAGAGGGAACAGAUAAUGAAAACUGAAGCAAAACAGAAGAGGCGGAAUAGAUUUUCUGCUUCUCAGCAUGGUGAUGUCCAAAAAACCAUGGAGAAAGUAACAGAAAGAACCCUUUGUACUGUCAGUAGGAAAAGCUUCAGUUCUGAACCAGGUUUUCAAGCUCAGUGGGGAAUACACACUGAGGAGAAACCAUAUGAAUGCUUGGAGUGCGGAAAGAACUUCAUUCGAAAGUCCUCCCUUGCUUUACAUCAAAUAAUGCACACAAGGGAAAAGCCGUAUAAAUGCUUUGAGUGUGGAAAGAGCUUCAAAAAGAGUGGAUAUCUUACAUUGCAUCAAAAAAUUCAUACGGAGGAGAAACCAUAUAAAUGCUUGGAGUGUGGGAAGAGCUUUGCUCAAGUUUCCUCCCUUACUUUACAUCAAAAAAUCCACACAAGGGAGAAAACUUAUGAAUGUGUUGAAUGUGGAAAGCAUUUCUAUCAUAAUAGCAAUCUUAUUGUACAUCAAAGAACUCACACUGGAGAGAAACCAUAUAUAUGCUUGGAGUGUGGAAAGAGCUUUGGAGAGCGUUCCCACCUCACUUUACAUCACAGGACCCACACUGGAGAGAAACCAUAUAAAUGCUUGGAAUGUGAAAAGAGCUUCACUAGAAAUUCGUCCCUUACUUUACAUCAAAGGAUUCACACUGGGGAGAAACCAUAUAAAUGCCUGGAGUGUGGAAAGAGCUUCAGAGAGAGUGGAUACCUUAUUUUGCAUCAAAGAAUGCAUACAGGGGAGAAACCCUUUAAAUGCUUGGAGUGUGAUAAAAGCUUCGCUCGAAGUUCCUCCCUUAUUUUCCAUAAGAGGAAUCACAUUGUGGAGAAACCAUAUAGAUGCUUGGAGUGUGGAAAGGGUUUUAGAGAGAAGGGAUACCUUAUUUUGCAUCAAAGGAUCCAUACUGGGGAGAAACCAUAUGAAUGCUUGGAGUGUGGAAAGCGUUUCUGUCGCAGGAAAUCUCUUAUUUCACAUCAAAGAAUCCACACAGGGGAGAAACCAUAUAUGUGCUUGGAGUGUGGGAAGAGCUUUAGGGUGAGUUCACAACUCACCUCGCAUCAGAGGAUUCACACUGGGGAGAAACCAUAUAAAUGCUUGGAGUGUGGAAAGAGUUUCAGCCAAAGAAUAAAACUUACUUCACAUCAAAGAAUCCACACAGGAGAGAAACCUUAUACGUGCUUGGAAUGUGGAAAGAGCUUCAAGGAAAGUUCACAGCUUCCCUCACAUCAGAGGAUUCACACCGGGGAGAAACCUUUUAAAUGCUUUGAGUGUGGAAAGAGCUUCAGGGAAAAUGGAAGCCUUACUAAACAUCAAAGAAUCCACACUGGAGAGAAACCAUACAAAUGCUUGGAGUGUGGAAAAAGCUUCAGAGAAAGUGUAUACCUUACUUUGCAUCAAAGAAUUCAUACAGGGGAAAAACCAUGUAAAUGCUUGGAGUGUGGAAAGAGUUUCCGUCGCAGGCAAUGCCUUAUUUCUCAUCAAAGAAUCCACACUGGGGAGAAACCUUAUAAAUGCUUGGAGUGUGGAAAGAGUUUCCGACGCAGGAAAUCCCUUGUUUCUCAUCAAAGAAUCCACAGUGGGGAGAAACCAUAUAAAUGCUUAGAGUGUGGAAAGAGCUUCAGUCAAAGAAUACAUCUUACAUCACACCAAAGGAUCCAUACAGGGGAGAAACCAUAUACAUGCUUGGAGUGUGGAAAGAGCUUCUGUCAGAGACGCUCCCUUAAUUCUCACCAAAGAAUGCACUCCAGUGAUUCACAUUGUAAAUGGAUUCCAGGAAAUAAUGGAGACUUUCUCGCUUUGCAGGUGGCUGAAGCCGCAAGCAAGAAUCAAAUCUUGGACCACCUAUUGGCCAUUCUGGCCCUGGAGAUGGAAAGCUGGGUCAGUGAAUGCAAAGCAGAGACCAGUUCCCAGUCAGUGACUCUGACAGAUUCCUGCUUGAGUCAGGCAGAAGAUGAGAAGCAGGAAGAGCAGCAGAUACAAGGACUGUUAAAAGUGGCCUUUGAUCUCCCUGAGGCAGAAGAGGCUCCAUCAGACACCAGGCAGAGACUGCAGUCCAUGAGGAUUUCACAGCAUGUGGAUGGAGGUGCCACUUUGCCAGGUGCUGGAAUUAUGUUGGCAAGGCAUUCUCAACCAUUUCUUUCUGGUGGAGUGGAAGAAGCUUCAAUACAAGUAGAUCAGGGACUGGUGACCUUUGAGGAGGUGGCUGUGUAUUUCACGGAGGAGGAGUGGGCUCUGCUGGAUCCAGACCAAAGAGCCCUGCACAGAGCCGUCAUGGAGGAGAAUUUUGCAAUUGUGGCCUCUCUGGAUACAGGUGAGACAGUGACUGUCCUGAAUCAACCAACUGAGGCUCAGUCCAGACAAGACAGAAGUACUGUUGGUUGGUGGUUCCUCAACCCAGUAGGUACCAGGUGGGAGAGUGUGAAUGAGGGGAAAAUCCAGAAAGAAUUGAUGGGAAGUCCCACAUCUAAAAAGUGGAAAGAGCAGAGUAGAAAAACUGAAGGCAAACAGAAGAGAAGUGGUGCAUCUCCUGCUUCUCAGCAUGGUGAGCUCCAUGAAAUCCUAACCCAAAACAAAGUGGGGAAAGAAAAAGAAAGAGGCCUCUGUUUUGAAUCAAGCCUUCCAGAUCAGUGGAAAAUGCACAUAGAGGAGAGCCCAUGUAAAAGCUUUGAGAGUGGAAAGAGCUUCAAGCAACCUAACUCUCUUACUUUACAUCAAAGAAGCCACACCAGGGAGAAACCACAUAAAUGCUUGGAGUGUGGAAAAAAAUUCAGCCAACUUGGACAUCUUACUGUGCAUCAAAGAACCCACACAGGAGAAAGACCAUAUACAUGCUUGGUGUGUGGAAAGAGCUUCAGUCAAAUGGGACAUCUUACUUUGCAUCAAAGAACACACACUGGGGAAAAGCCAUAUAAAUGCUUGGAGUGCAAAAAGAGCUUCAGUCAAAGUGCGAAACUCAUUUCACAUCAAAGGAUUCACACUGGGGAGAAACCAUAUCAGUGCAGUGAGUGUGGAAAGAGCUUUAGAGAAAGUGGGAAACUUACUGUGCAUCAAAGAACCCACACUAGAGAGAAAUAUACAUGUUUGGAAUGUGGAAAGAGCUUCAAUCAGAGUAGAAUACUUGCUUCACAUCAAAGAACCCACACUGGAGAGAAACCAUAUAAAUGUCUUGAGUGUGGGAAAAGCUUCAGAGACAGAGUACGUCUAACUCAUCAUCAAAGAACCCACACUGGUGAGAGAGGAUAUAAAUGCUUGGAGUGUGGAAAGAGCUUCAGACAAAGUCGACACCUUACUUUUCAUCAAAAAAUUCAUACUGGGGAGAAACCAUACAAAUGCUUUCAGUGUGGGAAGUUCUUCAAAGAGAGUGGAAAACUUAUUGUGCAUCAAAGAACCCACACUGGGGAGAAACCAUAUAAAUGCUUGGUGUGUGGAAAGAGCUUUAGCCAAAGUGGACAACUUACUUUGCAUCAAAGAAGUCACACUGGUGAAAAACCAUAUAAAUGUUUGGAGUGUGGAAAGAGCUUCAGUCAGAGUGCAACCCUCACUUCACAUCAAAGGAUUCACAAUAGAGAGAAACCAUAUAAAUGUAAUGAGUGUGGAAAGAGCUUCAGCAAUAGUAAAAAAUUUACUGUGCAUCAAAGAACCCACACUGGAGAAAAACCAUAUGAAUGCCCGGAGUGUGGGAAAAGCUUCAGACAAAGUAGACAGCUUACUUUUCAUCAAAGAAUCCACACUGGAGAAAAACCAUAUAAAUGUUUGGAGUGUGGAAAGAGCUUCUGUCAAAGUGCAAACCUUAGUGCACAUCAAAGGAUUCACACUGGGGAGAAACCAUAUAAAUGCUUGGAGUGUGGAAAAAGCUUCAGUGAUAGUGGAAAACUUAUUGUGCAUCAAAGGACCCACACUGGAGAGAAACCAUAUGAAUGCUUGGAAUGUGGAAAGACCUUCAGUCAGAGUAGAAUUCUUGCUUUACAUCAAAGAACCCACUCUGGAGAGAAACCAUAUAAAUGCUUGGAGUGUGGAAAGAGUUUCCACCAAAGUAGACACCUUACUUUUCAUCAAAGAAUCCACACUGGAGAGAAACCAUAUAAAUGCCUGGAGUGUGGAAAGCGCUUCAGAGAGAGUGGAAAGCUUACUGUGCAUCAAAGAACCCAUACUGGAGAGAAACCAUAUAAAUGCUUGGAAUGCGGAAAGAGCUUUGGUGUGCGUUCCAACCUCAAUUCACAUCAAAGGAUUCAUACAGGGGAGAAACCGUAUACAUGCUUGGAGUGUGGGAAGAGCUUCAGGGGAAGUGGAAGUCUUGCUGAACAUCAAAGAACUCAUACUGGGGAGAAACCACAUAAAUGCUUGGAAUGUGGAAAAAGUUUCAGUCACAGCUCAGAUGUUACUAGACACCGAAGAAUCCAUACUGGGAGAAACCAUAUAAAUGUUUUGAGUGUGGAAAGAGCUUCAGUCAACGUGCAUACCUCACUUCACAUCAAAGAAUCCACUCUGGCAAUUCAAGUUAUAACCAAAUUGAGGGGAAAGUGUCACAGUAAUUACCUGUCGCAAAAACAAGAGAGAAUCCAAUGUAUCUAAAAAACUUAAAUUUGUAUUUUGGCAUGAGCUUUUCAGGGAAGCAUUUGAUAAAUAGGGUCCUUGCUUAUAAAACGAAAUGCUUCAUUGUGAAUGUCAAACCCAGUGCUGGAGAUCCUAUUUGGACUCCUUUUCUCUUAAAGUAGCCCCUUCUCUCUUAAAGUAGCAUUAACUUUAUGUCUUCACACAUGCAUUUAGUUGGACAAUGUUUUUUAGACUGUCUUUCCCUUUUAAGUAAAAGGUGUAAGCCCUAGCAACUCUCUCCAUUGCAGAUUGACAGGACAAUGCUCCACCUGAUGCUUAUGUUCUUACACCAUGAUGACCAGGGCUUCAGAAAUCCACUAGUCUACUAGUCUGUGACUAGUGAAAAAUGAUGCCUGACAAGUGAAAAAAGUCCCAAUGAGCAAUGUACCAACAUACCUCACUGAGUGAAAUAUUUUGUCUGGCUGAUAAACUGAGCCAACAUUUCUUGACCCCUGAUGAUACCUGUAGUUUUCUGAGACCCUGUUUGGUCCUCUUGUAUUGGGUAAGUUUCAGAUUGAGCAGUCUAAGUUUAAAUGAGUAUUUGACGCAUGGGUAGAGGAGUGUUUUGGAUGAUGCACUGCCUUCCUCUGGUGUAAGUGUCCUGGUACACUGUGAAUGGGGAGACACAUGUGUUCAUGCAUUCUGAUUGCAAGAUCCUGGCGCAGUGGUGGAUAUGAUAUUUCAGGAAGGAUAUUGUAGAGCUGGGGAAAGUGCAGAAAAGGGUAAACAAAAUGAUCAAAGUUCUGGAGCACCUUCCUUGUAAGAAAAGGCUACAAUGUUUGGCAGUUUGUAAAGGUGGGGGGGGGAGAGGAGAGAGAACACUAAGUUGAGGAAACAUGUUUGAGACUUAUGAAGCUGUGCAUGGUGUAGAGAAAAUGGGUAGAAGUUUUUUUUCUCCCUUCCUACACUAGAACCGGGGAUCAUUCCAUAAAACUGACUGGCAGUCGAUUUGGGAGAGACAAAAGAGUUUGUUACAGUUCCUGCCACUGUUCCCUCCAACUUACCCAGAUGUUGUUCACUACAACUCCCAGAAUCCUCAGCUGCAGUGGCUUUUGGCUGGGAAUUCUGGGAGUUGUAGUCAACAGCAUCUGGGAAUCCCUGUUAGAGGGAACACUGGUUCCUGCAACCUAUUUUCACUCCCCCACUGCUCCCGCCAAUCUGUAAGCUCAACUUAAAGGCAGUUGUGGUUUUAGAAGCAAUGCCCGGUAAAGCAGAGUUUUGCUUCCUUGCUCAAAUGACUGGAAGGCCCACAUGGAAUACCAUGACGAUUCUUACAUUGGGGAAGAGAUCGAAGAAAAUAAAUAUGACAAGGGGAUUUCUGUUAGGAAUUUUAAUUUAUUCAUUUAUUUAUUGUUAAAUUUAUAUACCGCCUUUCAUUAAAACAAUCUCAAGAACGGCACCUGCUGAAGCCAGCAAGAUGAGAAAUGCUUUGAAAGUGUAUCUCUGUGUGUGAUGCUGCUUUGGAUCGUAUAUUCGUUGCUUUGAAAUAUAUGUAUUCUGGUAUUUUGCAUGCUUGAGUGAGGUUUGAGUGGUGCGUCUAGAAAUUAGGAAUUGCAUAGAUAAUAUUGGGUAAUUAUCUUAGUUGUUUUGAACUAAGUAGAAGUUACACAUGUUAAGGAAAGCUGAGGACCAGAAAGUGUAGGUGGGCCAAUUAGGAGGAGAUGAAGACAACCAUGAAGUGGUAUGUGAUGAGUUGUAUAAGAGAGACCCAUGGACUGGGGUUGGAGUCACAAGGGCAUCUGACCAGUUGUUGUGGGUCACCCCACUAUUGCCUCACAGGUCCCUGGACAGUUUAGACUACAAAAGAGCGAUUCUUAGGUGGUCCAAAAAGGGACUUUUCAUCCCACGUAGCUGAUACCCAUGCUGUCCAUGUGAAGAGCAUCUUCCAAACUCCCUGACUUCUGACUUUUGUCCAGUGCCUGGUCAGCACUGUGAUAGAAAGCAGUGUAGUGUAGCAGGUAAGACUAGCUUAAUAAAUAACUGUAAUAUAAAGUUACAGUUGGUAAGCUGAGGCAUUAUUCUAGUUAGUGAAUGUGUGCAUGCAUGCUGGUACAAGAAAAUAGGCAUUGCCACAUUGAGCAGAUCUGUUGGAUUUUAGUUUGUUUUCUUCAUUAUGUUUGGGUUAGAAGUACAUGAUUCUGUUUUGUAAACCUUUGUCAAGGAAAUAAAAGUGCCUUUUUCAGUGCA